UCAGCCGCUGCGUUUCCCAGCUGGGCUCAGCCCCUCUUUGCCAUGCCGGUGCUCCCUGCCGUCUCCCAGGAUGUGCUCGGGUCUGGCACGGGGAAAGGACCCUGCGCCAGGAACCGAAAUCCCAGUUUGUGGCAUCAACCUGGGCCAAGCGAGCCCCGCGCCCUGCCAGCGCGAGACCCCGGGGUGCGGAUGGGAGGAACAAAGAGCCCUUUGCAGAGCGGGACGGUGCCGGCGGGGGGGUGGCCGGAGCCCCCCACCCCCACUUCCUCGCCGCAGCCCAGCCUGUGCCGAGGGUCCCGGUGCCACCCCGGUGCCACCCCUGCCACCUUCCUGUGACGUCUCCCCAUCACGCAAAGGCGCUUUUGCAGCUUCGGUUGCUGCUUCCUGCCCUUCGCAGGCGGCGGAGGCGCGAGCGCAGGCAAAGCAGCAACGCUGCUCGUCCUGCCAGCCCGGCCGUCUGUCCGUCCUGCCAGCCCAGCCAUCCCAUCAGCUCCGGCCAUGGACUCCUGGGUCCCGGUGUGGCCGGGCGGAGGGGAACCCACGGAUGAUGACAGUCCCCUCUUCAGCACCUUCAAACCCAUCGGCAAGGACAACGCAGCCAGCAGCAAGCCGGGACCCAACACGACCCCGGUCCAGCCUCAGGGAGCAGAGCAGCUCCCAGGACACCACAACACUCACAGCAGGGUCCUGCCAGGCUCCUGGCCAGCCCCACAGGGUUGGUCCUCGCGGGACGGGGACCCACGGCCGGAGCUGGUGGCCCUGCGUGCCCGGACAAGGCUGUGGUUUGAACAGACACAAGCCAGGAGGCUGGGAGCCAAGGGCGAGCUCCCAGCCUGGUUCCACGGCUUCAUCAGCCGGAGGGAGACGGAGGAACUGCUGCAGGAUCAGCCGCCGGGCUGCUUCCUGGUCCGCUUCAGCGAAAGCACCAUCGGCUUCGUCCUGUCCUACAGGGGCAGGGAUCGCUGCCGGCACUUCAUCCUGGACCAGCUGCCCGACGGGCGGUACGUGAUCCUGGGGGAGCGGAGUGCCCACGCCGAGCUGGCCGACCUGCUGCGGCACUACGCCGUCACCCCCAUCACGCCGUACCACGAGUUCCUGACGGUGCCGUGGGGACAGGAUGACGAGCCCCAAGGAGGGAUGCAAACCCCAGCCCGCAGCGAUGCCGCACCUUCCCCACGGAGCAAAGCGCCAGCAAACCCCUCGGAGUACAGCACCAUCUUCAAGGGGACCCCAAGAACCAGGCAGGCAGCCCCCCCGCUGCCCGCGGAGCCCAGCGCUGAGGGAGGCUCACCCAGGGAGGCUCCCCGUGUCCCCCCACCGCUCCCAGUCAAGACCAGCUCCCUGACCGUGGCUCAGGGGCCGCCCAGCCCCGCCGCUCCGGAAGGUCCCUGCGCUCAGGAGCACAAAGAAGCCGUCCCCCUCGAGCCUCCCGACGCCAAGUACCAGCAGCUCAUGUGCUUCCACACCUACGCCGAACCCCACGAGGGCCGAGCCCCCAACCCCCCCACUCACAACGAGCUGGAAGAGCCCAUCCCUUUCUACGCCAUGGGCCGGGGCUCGAGCCCCAGCGCCGGCCCCGAGGAGAACAUCUACUCCGAGGUGGCGCUGGCCCGGCAGGAUCAGCCCGUUCCCUUUCCUCGGGGAGCCCGAGGCGCUUUCUCCACGCUGCUCCCCAAAUCCCGCCCUCACCGCCGGCUUUUCCGCAGCUUGUCCAGCCAGGCCUCCAAGAGGCGGCAGCUCCCGGCACCUCCCAGCGCAGACAGGAAGGGGAGAGGAGCCCCCAGCCCGGCCGUGGAGAUUCCCCAGGGCACGACGAACCCCGCGCUGGAGCUUGACGACCCCGUUUACAGCCGGAGGGCGAGCGCUGCAAAGCGAGCCGCGGGCGGUGGGCAGGAUGGCCCCAGGAACGUUUAUGAGCAGCUCUAAACCCUCCCGCGCAGGUAGGUCUGAGACCAGACCCAGCUCCCAGGCAGAAGGAAGCUCUCAGGCUCCUGCCCCGCCAAAAGAAGCCCUCGAACCUGGGAGGGGAGGUCCAGGACUGCAGCUGGCCCCUCCGCAGACAAGCAGUGCCCUGGCCAUACUGGUGCUGCCAGUUGGCUCCGUGCCGGGAUUCCCACACCCUUCCCAAGCCCCUGCGAGACAGUUAAGAGGGGGAACGGGUUUAAUUUAUCUCUGAACGCUUUCAGAAAGAGAUUGCUAUUAAUAGAAUGAGGGCGGAAGCAGCUAUUACCGUCCAAACAGAGAUGGGUUUUGGGCAGGGCUGGUGCAUCCAGAGUCAGAUAUUAAACUGGCCGCAAGCCCGAGCACCACCGCAGCCGGGCAGGGCCACUCUGAGUAUCACCAGCCUGGCGCUGACAUCUCCGAGCCCUGCCUGUUUCCUCAGCCACAAACCGUGGGAGAAUACCAACGCCAAGGACCAAAUUCAGCCGCUGGGGCUGAAAUGACAGAGCCAACGGCAUCCUCGCAGCAGACGUGCUGUGCCCAGCCUUAAAGGAGGCUAAAGCUCCACGCUGAGAUGUGACAGAACUUUGAGACAGGGAGGGGAAAGGGCUGUGGGGUUGGAGUUGUUUUCUUUUACCUCUCAGGGAAAAAAAAACAAAAAACACACACACAAAAAAAAAAACACAACACAAAACAACUCUACUUUCGCUUUUCACAAGCCUACAUUUUGUUGUUCUUAAACGGCCAAAAGCAAAGCAGAAGUCAGCCACCAUUCCCUUCCUCGUAACUCCCCCUCUAGUGCUAAAAAUGAGCCAUUACACUCCGAAAUGGAAAAAGAAAAGGCCAACUCGCGAGCUUCAGCCUCUCGGCUCGCUCCAGGACUCCACGAUCCCACCCAGAAGAAUUUGGGAGCCCGGAGCCUCCCGCCCCGCCGUGCUGCGAGUGCCACCGCCCUCGGCGUUUGAAGCGGAUGAAUCCCCGGGGUGGGGGGCACAGCUCAGUGCCGGGGGGGGGGGGGGGGUCGCACCCCAAAUGAGCUUGCACGGAGCAAAACUCCCUCGGACAAGCAUUUCGUCACCACCGGCUGCGCAAGGAGGUCAACUCUGUGAACAAACCCAAACAGCCACAGCACCCCCACACACACACACCCCACCCCCCCCCCAAAACCACCGGCGGGUGCAAAGGUGCUUCGGCCUUACCAGAGAGGGGAGAAGGAAAAUCAACGCCUCCAGCAAGGAGCUGAGCACCUCGCGACUGGAAACAGGUGUGGUUCGGUUCAUUUAAAAGUUUAUUCCUUUAUCAAAUCUCUUUUCAGAGGAUUUCGCUGUACAUAUAAGAUAUGAAUAAAUUACCCAACAGUAACUUUAUUCCGGUCAUUCAAAUACUCAAAAUGGGCUCUGCAAAGUACUAAAACAUCCAGGGAACUAAACUAGAAAUCAGAUUAUUUUAAAAUAUUCUAAGAAAAGACUUCAUUCAUGGGGGCUUUGUUUGCUUGUUUUUAACAGGUAACAUGGGAGAAAAACAACCUCUCGGGGAGUUUUUCUAAAUGGAGUAACAAAUAUUAGCCUUUUUAGCUGCGGUUACAACAAAUACAACCCUUAGUGGUGGGAAUGUAAGUUAAACAGCCAGACCAGCUCUCUGUCCCCUUCGGCAUCUCACGCUUUGGUGAACAACAAACUAAAGUGAGGCCACAGAGAUUUGGCUAAAGAUACGUGGAUCUGGCCAGCAAGGCUGCACAUGAUUUGCAGUCGUAUCGCCUAGACCUAAUACCUUAAAUAAAAGAUUCCAUUUUAAAAAGUUAAGGCCGGACACGGUCUCCUCUUCCCAGCCAGGAGGAUAAAGUUAACACUUAAUUGAAAUAAAAUUGAUAUAAACAAGAUGGAAAGAAAAAAAAAAAAAAAAAAUGUACACUUGGCAGCUUUCAUCUGUGUCUGCUCAGAGGAAAUACUGCUGCUUCACUCGCCGAGCUCACUGCCAGCUGCACUGCACCGUGCGAGGCUGGGAAAACUCGGUUCAGCAAGUCUGGAGAGCAGGCUGGUACAGCACUGCAGGCCUCGGGUCAGGGGGAGGAGGAGGAGGGAAAAGGGGGGGAAAAAAGGAAGAGAAACGUACAUACACACAGCGAUCACGUUUAUCCAAAAGCCCUCAGCAGCGGCUCACUCAUGCUGGGCAAGAGAUCCUCACUGCUUUUUGUGCGUUCCACACGCGGGGCGUUUUCACCUCUAUUGCAAGCUCUGACCUGUAAAGGAGUUUCCCCUCAGCAUGGUUUGAGACAUACAGGCGGGUGGAGCUGAGAAUAAAAACACUAACUUAGCCACACUUAAAAAGAAAAAAAAAAAAAAAGAAAAAAGAUAUCGAAAUCAUUUGCAUGAGAGGAGCACUGGAUUUACUCGGACUUGAGUAAGCAGCCAUGAAAACAUGUCAAACAAAAGGACCGAAA